AUGCCCACCACCGUCUUCUUCCUCCUCCUCUUUCUCUUCUCCGCCGUCGCCGUCGCCGCCCCGGUUCCGGGACUCGACACCUUCCUAACCCACCAAUCCCACAUCGACCCACAAGCCUCCAACGACACCUUCGAAUCCCUCCCUUCCACCCUCCGCAAAUCCCUCUCUUCCUUCCCUCACGCCGCCGCUGCCGCCGGCAGAACCAAUUCCCUAAUCUCCUCCCUCCUCUCCCUGUCGCUCCCGCUCUCGAUCAACCUCCGCCUCGUCGGCUCUGCCUUCCCGGCCGACUCCGAGGCCGUCCUCUCUUCCUUCUUCUCCUCCACCCACACCUCCGACCACUUCCACGUCAUAACCCCCGAUCCCGUCCCACCUCACAGCGGCUCCCACCGCCUCGCCGUCCGCCACUCCCCUCACCUCGACGUCUCGCACUCCCCGCCUUCCCUCGCUUCCCGACUCUCCGACGCCAUCAAAUCCGCCAUCGCCUCCACCCCUUCCCCUCUCCGAUCAACCCUCCUCUCCAUCCCCUACGACUCCGUCGACCAAAUCAUCCGCCAGGAAUUCGAUAAGGAGAAGCCCGCUCACGGGAUCUAUGUCUACUUGAUCUCAUUGGGUUCUCAGUCCAAGAGCUACGCUUAUUCGUAUUUCCCUGGCGAUUCCUCCCCUGGCUUCACUAAAUGCUCCGGUACCAUUUGGACGGGGAAGGAGAGAUACCUCUGGAUUGAUCUCUCCGCUGGGCCGGUGGAUUAUGGGCCAGCUUUGUCCGGCGAUGGGGUUUUGCCCCGAGGGGAAUUUCACCCUCUUGCGACCAUGCACGGCCGACCCAAGUCACAGAAGGCUCUGCUCUCUGAUUUAGCUUCAUUGGUUUGGAGUGCUUAUCAGGUACUGCUCGUCCCCUCACUGAGAAUUCCAGUCCACUUCGACAGCGCCUUGAUUGUUCAGUUCAUCCAUGUUUAUGCUUCCAAGAAUGGUAAGGAUACCACUGGUUUGGACUGGAAAGCAAUGGAGAGGUCCUUUAGGGAUGGAGCUAGUGAAGAUGGUUUGUUGCUAGGUGAUCAGUCUCUAAGCUUCAAGAGCUAUGAAGUGAAAUAUGAGGAGUGUUCAAUUUGUUCUUAUGCCAUUUCAAGAUCGAUCAAUUCGUACACCUCGAGGUUCCUGUUCGAUAACUAUACAUUGAUCGUGAGUGAGUAUUUGGAUUCCAAGCGAUUGCACCAGAUAUUGUCAGACUCGGCUGAAGAGUUUAAAAGGGUAGCUGGAAUUCCAGAGGAAGAUUACGCCACAGUGCUCCCUGUUUAUGUGUUCGAUCUCGAUUACAACAUGCUGCUGUUGCUCGAUCGAUACCAUCAAUCCGUUUCCUUCAGAGACAUGGUUGUAGCAGUGAGAACAAAAACUACCCAGACAGUGAGCGAUUACAGCUGCAAUGGACGACAUGUGUUCACUCAUACACGAGACCUCGAGCGACCUCUUGUUGGCUCGAUUCUCCAGAGCAUGUGGGGAGUUUCUCCAACUCACUUGUCAUGGAGUCCACGGCACAACACAACUCUAGUGGACUACACUUGGAGCGUGGGGCAGACACCCUUCGGUCCUUUCUCCGAGUCUUCGACCUUGUCCUUUGUUCAGAAGGAUGCAGCUAGGAGAAAUGUGCUGUUGACGUCGUUGAAUUACAGUAUAACAAGUGCGAUUGAAGUUCUUGGCUCGAUGGAAGCUCAUGGCGGGGAUAGGAGGCUGCUUAAGGAUAAGCAGCAUGUGGAAUUCGUGCAGCGGUGGAACUUGUUCAAGCAUAAGAUUGAUAAGGCGGUUUCUGCUUUGUCGAGAUUGGACUUCGAGAUGGCUUUGUAUUAUUUACGGUCUUCAGACCAUGAUCUGUAUGGCAUUCACUCGCUGGUGUAUCGUGCGUCGCAGGAAUUGGAGGCGUCACUUGCUUGCUUCAAAGAUCCGCCGUUUCCUUGGGGAUCAGUCUCGUUAUCCGCAGGAGGGUUCUUUGCUGUGUGUUAUUUGUAUGUGAAAAGGGAGAGCCUUUUUAAGAACAAGAGGAAGCAGUUUUGA